AUGGAUAUUGAUGUUGAUAAAGUAAGCAUUUUAAAUAAAUUAAGAUCAUUGAAAAACUCUUAGAAAGCAAAGGAGCAAAAUAAGGAAAAGCUGUAAAUCUUACAGAGAAUGAAAUACGUUCAUUAUGUGUAAAAAGUAGAGAGAUUUUUUUAAACUAACCAAUGUUAUUAGAAUUAGAGGCCCCAAUAAAGAUUUGUGGUAUAACUUAUAUUCUAUGUUAGGUGAUAUUCAUGGAUAAUAUACUGAUUUAUUAAGAUUGUUUGAAUAUGGUGGCUUUCCACCUGAGGCAAAUUAUUUGUUUUUAGGAGAUUAUGUUGAUAGGGGAAGAUAGUCUCUUGAAACAAUAUGUUUAUUACUUGCUUACAAAAUAAAAUAUCCUGAAAAUUUCUUUUUAUUACGUGGAAAUCAUGAGUGUUCAUAAAUCAACCGUAUUUAUGGGUUUUAUGAUGAAUGUAAAAGAAGGUAUAAUAUAAAAUUAUGGAAAACCUUUACUGAUUGUUUUAAUUGUUUACCUGUAUGUGCUGUAAUAGAUGAAAAAAUUAUUUGUAUGCAUGGAGGAUUAUCACCGGAAUUAACGAAUUUAGAAUAAAUACAUAGAAUUAUGAGACCUAUAGAAGUUCCAGAUACUGGACUCCUUUGUGAUCUAUUAUGGUCAGAUCCAGAAAAAGACAUGUAGGGUUGGCAAGGUAUUAUAUUAAUUUAUUUUUAAAAGAUAAUGAGAGAGGAGUAUCUUAUAUAUUCGGUCCAGAUGUAAUAGCUAAUUUCUUAAAGAAAAAUGAUAUGGAUUUAGUUUGUAGAGCACAUUAAGUAGUCGAAGAAGGUUAUGAAUUUUUUGCAAAAAGAUAAUUAGUAACCUUAUUUUCAGCUCCCAAUUAUUGUGGUGAAUUUGAUAAUUCAGGUAAUAAAAAGGGAUAAAAGAAUAGGUGCAUUAAUGAGUGUUGAUGAGACAUUGAUGUGUUCAUUCUAAAUUCUAAAGUCUUAAGAAAAAAGAAAUGCUCCUUAAGCUAGACCAAGAACCCCUAAAUACGUUAAUUGAAUUAAAAAGUUUAAUUUAACAUGAAAG